AUGCUCAAAGACCAAGCCGUCUUCUCCUUCCUCCUCUUCUCCCUCUCCUUUCUCUCCUUCUUCCUCUCUCUUCCCGUGCGCCUCCUUCCCAUUUUUUCCCCGACCAGCAGCCGCCCUCCCAAGCAGCAGCAGGGGGCUGCGUCACCUUCCCCAAACAGCAACGACCAACAUCUAGGCCGCCUCUGCUCGCGUCUGCUGCAGCCACGACCCCAGCCUGCUCUUCUCCCUUUUCUGCUGUGGAGGCUGCCGCCACCAACAGCCACGGCCAGCCAUCUAGUCUUUCAUCCUUUUGUUAGUCCCAUCUUUCUUAUUCCAGACGUCAGAUCUUGCAACUGCAAUGCUAAAGCUUCAUAUGAAUCAAAAGAGCUAAACAAAGACACUGCAACUUUCUGAUUCCUAUAAUAGUCGUUUUGGAUGUCAUUGCUGGAUUUUGCAGAGCAGCAAUUGGAACUUAACCAUCUGAUGAAGUGAGCUGCAUUAGUACUGCUUUCUUUUUUGGGUAAUAUUUAUGUGAUCAUGAUCUAGACAAGUUUUGAGUUUUUUACCAGUUUAUUUUUGUCUUUUUGCUGACUGCUUGCUUGUUUUCAGUUAAAUUUAUGAUUUUGGAUUGAAGCAGUUCUUUCUGUAAAGAUGUUUGGACGUUCUCCUCUUUUGAUAUCUGGGAGCUUUAGGCCUGAAAACUUAGGUCAACAUGCUCUAGCAAUGAUUGGAAAUGCAUGUUUCAGUAUUUUUGUUGUUGGGGUGUUAAUUUUCACCAUUAUUGCCGCUACUUAUGAACCAGAGGAUCCUCUUUUCCAUCCUUCUGAUAAGAUCUCCAACUUCCUCACGUCAACCUCCAAUGCCACUUUUGAGUCUGAUAGUACUGUUAUCAAGACUGGGGAAGACUUCAUGGCAGCAAAUCAAACAGCUUUCAACACUUUCAUAAACAUUACUGAUGUAGCUGAUAGUGCUGAACUUGCGGCUAAUGUGGGGUCUGAUUGUCAGAAUGAGACUGGUAAACCAAUUGACUGCAAGGACCCAGAAGUUUUCCAUACUAUGAUGAGAGCUGCCAUUGAGAAGUUCAAGGACAUUCACUUUUACCGAUUUGGAAAGCCAGUCCGUGGUGAUGAGGAUAACACUUGUGACAUGGCAUGGCGGUUCAGACCUAAAGAAGGGAAGACUGCAUCUCUUUAUAAGGAUUACAGGAGAUUUGUGGUCUCUAGGGCUGAGAAUUGCAGUUUGAGUGUGACAUCAAUAGGUGAGUACCAUACUGGAGUUAAUGCAAGGAAGAGGAAGCUAAACAAGCAAGCUGUCUUUGAGAAGGAAGCCCAAAAAGGUGAAGUGACUUCUUUGCCGGUUGUUGGGGAAAUAGUAAAUGAUAGCCUUCCUGUUGUUGAAUCAGAAGCGGCAUUCAAGAGUGGAAAGUACUUGUACUACGCUGGGGGUGGAGAUAGAUGCAAGAGCAUGAAUCACUACCUUUGGAGUUUCUUGUGUUCACUUGGUGAAGCUCAGUAUUUGAACCGUACAUUGAUCAUGGACCUGAGCAUAUGUCUGUCAUCUAUGUAUACCAAGACAGGACAAAAUGAGGAAGGAAAAGAUUUCCGAUUUUAUUUUGAUUUUGAGCAUUUGAAAGAGGAAGCUUCGGUUUUGGAUCAAAACCAGUUUUGGGCUGAUUGGAACAAGUGGCAGAGGAAAGAUAGACUAAGUCUUCAUCUUGUGGAAGAUUUUAGGGUUACACCUAUGAAGCUCAUAGAUGUGAAGGAUACGUUGGUUAUCAGAAAGUUUGGUACAGUUGAACCAGACAAUUACUGGUAUCGGGUGUGUGAAGGAGAGGCGGAGUCUGUUAUUCAGAGACCAUGGCACAUGUUAUGGAAGUCAAGAAGGUUGAUGGACGUUGUUUCUGCAAUUGCAUCUAGGUUGAACUGGGACUAUGAUUCUGUUCAUAUUGUUCGAGGGGAGAAAGCACUGAACAAAGAACUUUGGCCUAAUCUUGAUAAGGAUACCUCACCUGACGCUCUUCUUACGACAUUAAAGGACAAAGUUGAGGAAGGAAGAAACCUCUAUAUUGCUACAAAUGAGCCUGACAGAUCAUUCUUUGAUCCCUUGAAAGACAAAUACACGACUCAUUUUCUAGACGAUUAUCAAGAUCUUUGGGAAACAGACAGCGAGUGGUACACUAAGACGAGGAAUCUCAACAACGGAGCACCUGUUGAGUUUGAUGGUUACAUGAGGAUAUCAGUUGAUACAGAAGUGUUUUUAAGGGGUAAAAAGCAGCUCGAGACCUUCAAUGACCUUACAAGUGAUUGCAAAGAUGGGGUAAACACUUGCAGCACUUCUAGUUAGUGAUGUUCUAAUAUUGUAUAUUUUUUGUUGGUAUCUUUUGUUAUCUUAGCUAUUAUCAUUUGUUACAUUGAACCAAUACUUUACCGCCUGAUCCACUUGAGAUAUUGGGGUUAAUGGAAUGUUGCUUAUAGAAUGCUGUUAAAUUUGUUCA